AAACACUAUAUGGAAUUUGUUUACCUAUUCUGUAAAUUACAAGAGGAGAAUCAAUCAAAGCUUUUUUUCUAAUUUACUACAAGCUUCGCGCAAAUUACAAUUUGGCGGGUGGCCAAACUAAAUGCUUGACAGGUAAUCCAACAAAAUUCCCAAAGUUCAAAACUUUUUCUGUUUGCCCAUGCUUCCAUGGUAGAUCAAUCACUGUGCUAAUUCUCUUGAGAAAGAAGAACCCAAAAUCAGAGUAAAAAAAAAAACCCAAAAUUUCACUCUAGAAAGUAGAAACUAGACCCAGAGGCCAAAAAGGAAAAAAGAAAAUAAUUUUAAUAUAAAACACUUUUGAAAGGCAAGGAGAAAGAGAGCGGUAGAGAGAGAAAUGAAAAGGGAAGAAAAAAGUGAAGAAGGGUUAGCAGAAAAGGAGGAAAAUUUGUGUGAAAAGUUGAGUCGGAGGAUAUUAUUGGUAGGGAAUAGCAAAACAGAGGGGCCCUGUACUCCAUGCCCUUCUUGGAAACUUUACGACCCUCAGCCUCAGCCUCAGGCUCUCUCACAUCAUAGCUACAUCUUUCCUCGUCCUCCUGCCGCUGUUUCUGCCAGAAAGUUAGCGGCUUCCUUGUGGGAGUUUCAUCAAUACCUUCAUCAUCAUCAUCAUAGUCAACCCAAAAUGCAUAGAGGUGGUUUUAACAACACUAAUGGUCGCUACCACCAACGCCACCACCGCAACAGUCUUCUCAAGAACAAAGCCAUCGAUUUUUCUCAGUUCUUGGAUGAUCCUUGUCCCAGUUCUGACCCUGAUCAGCCAGAGAGUGCAAGCGGUUUGAGGAGACAUAUUGCUCAAACACUGAUGAAACACCAUCGAUCAUUUGAAAAAAAUAACCAGGCCCUACAGCCUGUAUCGCCGUCAAGCUAUGGCAGUUCAAUGGAGGUGGCACCUUAUAAUCCUGCAGUCACGCCUAGCAGUUCCUUAGAUUUUAGGGGAAGAAUCGGUGAGUCUCACUAUAAUCUCAAAACAUCUACAGAACUGCUAAAAGUACUAAACCGUAUUUGGAGCCUGGAAGAACAACAUGUAUCCAACAUCUCACUGAUAAAAGCAUUGAAGAUGGAACUAGAUCAUGCCCGUGUUAGGAUCAAAGAGUUGCUUCGAGACCAGCAAGCAGGUCGACACGAAAUUGAUAAUUUGAUGAAGCAGAUUGCUGAAGACAAAUUGGUUAGGAAGAGUAAGGAACAGGAUCGGGUUCAUGCUGCUGUUCAGUCGGUGAGGGAUGAACUAGAAGAUGAAAGAAAGUUAAGAAACCGAUCUGAGAAUCUACAUCGGAAGUUAGCUCGGGAAUUGUCCGAGGCCAAAGCUUCUCUUUCUAAUGCCUUGAAAGACCUUGAAAGGGAAAGGAAAUCAAGGAAGCUUUUGGAAGAUCUUUGUGAUGAGUUUGCUAGGGGAAUAAAAAGCUACGAACAAGAGGUGCAUACUCUAAGACAGAAAUCUGAUGAAGAAUGGACGGGAGUGGCUGAUCAUGAUCAUUUGAUUCUUCAUAUAUCUGAAUCAUGGCUUGAUGAGCGGAUGCAGAUGAAGCUAGAAGAAGCUCAGUCUGGUUUUGCUGAACAGAAUCCGGCCAUAGACAGAUUAGGCUUUGAAAUAGAGACCUUCCUUCAAGCUAAAUCGAUUGGUACUUCUGUUUCUAAGCGCACAGAUUAUUUGUCACAAAAGGAUCGCAGGAAGUCACUUGAAUCUGUUCCUUUAAACGAGGCUGUAACUGUAGGUAAAGAUGUUCUUGACGAGGAAGAUUCUGCUAGCAGUGAUUCAAAUUGUUUUGAGCUGAACGAACCAAGUAGUGUUGACCUGAAAUCACAUGAAGAUGAAGCUCUAACCCAUUACAGCGAGAAAAAAGUGUCAUCUGAUGAGAAGAUUAAAAGCCGUCAUCCGUCCAGCUUACAAGUUAAGUUUGAAGAAAAGAUGGCCAGAGCCAUGAAUAACGGAAAUAAAAAGUCCCAGUUGGAAGAUUCAGGACAGGAAAUUAUCGGUGUAGGGAACACCACUGAAGCAACAAUAUCGCAAAAACUUGAAAACGAUGAAGCUGCUCAAUAUGGCUACAAGGGAAGAAAGAAUAAGCUUGAUGAGAUACAUGGAAUAAGCUCAAAUUACGUAAUGGACAACUUGAUAAGAAAUCAUAUAGCAUUGACGGAAGGUAGGAACAUAAAUGUGGAAAACAACAGCGGUGAGGCGUCUAGUAGUUACCCUCUGUUGAAGAACCAGCCUAGUCCAGUGCGGCAAUGGAUGACGAAAUUCACACCCCCAGAUCUGGACGUGCCGGAGUCCUCUACGAAGCUACCUCCAGCAAUGAAGGAUAAUACCUUGAAGGCAAAGCUUCUUGAAGCAAGGUCCAAAGGACAACGUUCUCGUUUAAAAAUAUUCAAGGGCAAGUCAUAGCUCAAAGGGUUCUUUCACUUGAACAAUCAAGCUGAAGAACUCGCUCUGACUCACAGGACUGGAUGUUCUGCGUUUAUUUUUCAGUUCAACAUUGUGUUUUCUAUGAAUACUAGCCACGGUUCAUUUUAAUCUGCAUGUUGCAAUCUGUAAUUCUGGAAAAUUUUGUUUUACGUCUGUAUAUUUGAGUAGUUAAUAAUAUCACAGUAUAGUUACGAAACAGAUGAAAUUUGUGCCCCUUCCAUAGUAAUCAAUUGCAUUAAAAUUUUCCAAUCA